UAAUGGGAAUUUCAAGAGAUAGCAGACACAAAAGAAGACUUACAGGAGGUCGUAUGCCAAUCCAUAAGAAGAAAAGAGCUUUCGAGAAAGGAAGAUAAGCUGCAAUGACUAAAUUAGUAUCAGGUGAAAAGAGAGUAAGAAGAUUAAGAGUGAGAGGAGGAAAUUUCAAAUUCAGAGCACUCCGUUUAUCAGAAGGCAAUUUCUCUUGGGGAAGCCAAGGUGUUGCUAAAAAAGCUAAAAUUGUUGAGGUGGUUUAUCAUCCAUCCAAUAAUGAAUUGGUCAGAACCAAAACUUUAACAAGAGGUGUCAUUGUCUAAGUUGAUGCUACUCCAUUCAAAUAAUGGUAUGCUAAGAAAUACAAUGUUGAAUUGGGAUCAAAGAAGAAGAAGGUAAUUAAUAAUUAUUAUAAUAAUAGGAAACAACAGGAGAUUAACCUAAGAAAUUAAGUUCAAAGUAAGAGAAAAGAAUUAAGGAAAAUGUUAUUGAUUAAUUUGUCUAAGAAUAAUUUGCCAAUCAAAGAUUAUUAGUCAGAAUUACAUCAAGACCAGGAUAAUCAGGAAGAGCUGAUGGUUAUAUCUUGGAAGGAAAAGAAUUAGAAUUUUACAUUAAGAAAAUCGAAUAGAAGAAGAAAUGAUUUC